AGAAUAAAGAUGAAUGUAUAUAAAUACGGUGCUGUUGGUAAUAGUGUAAAUAGUAAUAGUAGUAGUAGUAGUAGCAGUAGCGGGAGCAAUAGUUCAACACCUCAAUCAUCGACAUCACAACAGCAACAACAACAACAUGGUGGAAUCAAGUCAUCUUUGGGAAUGUCUGGUUCGAUAGAGAAGACACCUCUACAGAUUGGCAACUACCGUUUAGAUAAGACCUUGGGAAUAGGUUCAUUCGGCAAGGUUAAGCUUGCUGAACAUAUAAGGACUGGUGCAAAGGUUGCAAUCAAGAUAUUGAACAAGAACAAGGUGAAGCAUAUGAAGAUGGAUGAGAAGAUUAGGAGAGAGAUACAGAAUUUGAAGUUGUUCCGGCAUCCACAUAUCAUUAAGUUGUACGAGGUGAUAGAGACACCGACAGACAUAUUCAUGGUGAUGGAGUACGUCACAGGUGGUGAACUGUUUGACUACAUCGUCAAGAAUGGCAAGCUGCCCGAGGAGGAGAGUCGUCGUCUCUUCCAACAAAUGAUAUCUGGCAUCGAGUACUGUCAUCAUCAAAUGGUUGUACAUCGCGAUCUCAAGCCAGAGAACCUUCUCUUGGACCCAACACACAAAUGUAUAAAGAUUGCGGACUUUGGAUUAUCCAAUAUGAUGCAGGAUGGAGACUUCUUAAAGACGAGCUGUGGAUCACCAAACUAUGCAGCACCCGAGGUUAUCUCUGGCAAAUUGUACGCAGGACCAGAGGUCGAUGUAUGGUCAUGCGGUGUCAUCCUCUAUGCAUUCCUCUGUGCAAAGUUACCAUUUGACGACGAUCAUAUCCCAACAUUGUUCAAGAAGAUAAGAGAUGGUGUAUUCGUCAUCCCUGACUUCAUCUCACCGAGCUGUGCCGACCUUAUCAAACAGAUGUUGAUCGUUGAUCCUGUCAAGAGAAUAACGAUCAGUGAGAUUAGACGACAUCCAUGGUUCCAAACGAACCUUCCAGCAUACUUGUCAACUCCACAGACUCUUGUUGCAAAGAGUGUGCACCUGGAUGGCGAGUUGUUGAACGAGCUGAUGGCCAAGUAUGAGCCGACCGGUGUCAAGCGUGAUAAGAUAAUGGAGGAGUUGGACAAGAUUAAGGAUGGCGAUACGAACGACUACAUCGUCGCCUAUCAUCUACUCUACGACAACAAGAGGAACCCUUAUACAGACUCGAUCGAGUCGUCAACAAACAACAUGCAGCCACCCACUGGCUCAAUGCCAUACUCAUCCAUGGCGCAGUCGGCCAUCUGCACCCAGGACACAUACCAGAGUUCGUCCUCCAGCUCAUCUUCCUCAUCCCCAUCACUGAGAAAGUGGUACCUUGGUGCGAUAUCCCAGCUCUCGCCUCACGAGAUCAUGAGAGAGGUGUACAGAUCAUUGCAGAUUGUUGGAUUCGAAUGGAAGGUAACAGGACCUUAUCAACUGAGGUGUAGGAUAAUGAAUGAUAGACCGAUCAAGAUUGUACUGCAGCUGUUCAGGGUGACGGAGAAUCGAUACCUGUUGGACAUCAAGAAGAUCGAAGGCGAGAUAUUUAUAUUCUUUGACAUAUGCUCCGAGUUGCUCUCUGAGCUAAACCUUUAA